UGCGUCACUCCGGUAGUACGUACGUACGUGGGUACGUACGGCCGUAUCCUGCCACCAUGUGAGCGAGUCACUCCUGGAAAACAAACAAAAGUGAAAGUAGGAAACAACGCCUGGCUCCUUUAGGAGGACCAAGGAGCGUCCAAGGCUGGAGUGGCCAAGGAAGGGAGGCCUCCCCGCUUUACACUUUGAUGCAAUCUGAAGCUGAUGUUUUCCCAUUUAGGAGCGUUAGCGGAAACAUCAUCAAGCUAACAGGACCCGCCAUUCUAUCUGCUUCCCGACCGCUCCAAAAAGUUGAGGCCUACUAGGAGUCUAUGGCUCGGUCCUCCUUGUGGACAACUGAAGCGGCUCAGCAGUGAUGGUGGCUGUUGGUACUUAUCAAAGCCCAUCCGCAAACACUGCCAGGAACUUCUCAUCGAGUCGGAGCUGACGCCUGCGAAGGCAAGUGUCCGUCAAAGCGGAGAAUCGCUUUCAUCGUCUCCUUUUGGGAGUGCCAUGCCCACCAACAAGUCCACCCCCUGGGGAGGCGGGGAGCCCCGGCCUUGCUGUGACGCAGCCCCGCCCCCCACCACGUCUGUCAACCUUAAGACUGUUAGAACCGCUCGAGUGCCUGAUGCUUGUCGAGAGAACGCCAAAGCGCCGACCUCUCGUUCCUCCGCUGUUGCCUCGCCGGCCCAGGGUCACAACACCAGGACCCAGAGCCGGUCCACAGCCGUGCCAAGUAGGACCGCAACCCCGCCGCCAAAGACGAACAGCCUUCUGAAUUCAAACGGGUCGAUAGCCAGUAGUGACGCCGCCCGGGUCGGCCCCAGCGGGGACACCGUGAUUGGUGUUUACCAUAAAGACGUCCCUCAAGGAGGUCCCACGGUGCAGUUGACCAAGUUACAGCUUGAAGCCGUUGAAAGCCCUACCACACCUUCAGUGCCUCCUGUACGCCUUACUCCUUCCCAACAGCAGGGGGCAGCGUCCAGAAAGGAACCACCCGGCCUCGAUGGCGCUAAAGUGGGCGCGAGAGCGCUAACAAAUGCAAGCAAAAGCCAUAAGGUGGCAAAAGCUGCGACCAACGCCAUCCCAGCACUAAACUGCCACUUGAAAUCAGCCGCCGCAGACAAUCCGGUGCAAGUGGUCGCCGUUUCUCCGCCUCUGGAUGCCAGCCACAAAGACCCGCAAAGUACACCAAACAGACCAGGAAAUGUAGGUGGGGGACUCGGUUCUCCCGCCGCCGCAUCCCACAGCAGUCAUGUGCCAAACGUCCACAGUGUCGAUGCCGCACCGGACGAGGAGCAGACGGGACCGCCAGGCUCCUUGAUGGGCUCUGUCACCACCAAGAUCUCCGCCAUCCGCCUCACCAAGCAGCGACACGUGCGAACCACCACGUCUCCGCGGACGUCCUCCAGCCCACCGCUGAGGCGGUCUGAAGAUGCGGGCCCCGAGUGUGUCAUGCAAGUGGACGGAGGUGAAGAAGAACUGCUGCCCGACGAGCAGGAGAACGUCUGCAGCGAUGACGAUUGCUCCGAGUCGUCCUUCGUCAACGGUACCUCCUCCACCGUGCCCGUCGCUGGUGUUGAAGAGCCCAUGUCGUUGGAGGUGGAGGACCAGCGUGAGAGGAAACCGGCCCUGGUUCCCAGCCUGUUCCCUCACAUGGCUCCCACGCUCUACUUCAGCACGGCCGACGAGCAAGUGGAAAUGCUGCCCGAGGAGCAAAGACGGCUGUUAAAGUGGAAACUAAGCACCGUCACGCCCAAUGUUGUGAAGAACACCAUCGGGAGGUCGCACUUCAAGAUCACCAAGAAAAGCCACGACUGGUUGGGCUCCUGGGGCCACCACAUGAAGUCUCCGUGCUUCAAGACUCUUCAAGAGCACCAGAAGUUGAACCACUUCCCCGGAACGUUCCAGAUCGGCAGGAAGGACCGGCUGUGGAAGAACCUGUCCAAGAUGCAGGUCCGCUUUGGGAAACAGGACUUCAACUUCUUCCCUCGCACUUUCGUCCUCCCUCAGGACAUCCUGCUGCUACGCAAGGCCUGGAAGGACGGCUCCAGGCAGAAGUGGAUCAUCAAACCUCCUGCCUCGGCCAGAGGAAUCGGAAUCCAGGUCAUUCACAAAUGGAGCCAGAUGCCCCGCAAGAAGUCCCUUCUGGUCCAGAAGUAUCUGCACAAGCCCUACCUCAUCAGCGGCAACAAGUUCGACCUGCGCAUCUACGUCUACGUGACCUGCUACGACCCGCUCAGAAUCUACAUCUUCUCAGACGGACUGGUUCGAUUCGCCAGCUGCAAGUAUUCGUCCUCCAUGAAGACGCUGAGUAACAAGUUCAUGCACCUGACCAACUACAGCGUGAACAAGAAGAACUCGGAGUAUCAGGCCAACAGCAACGACAAGGCCUGCCAGGGACACAAAUGGGCUCUGAAGGCCUUGUGGCAGUAUCUGGGCUCCAGGGGAGUGGACACCACGGUGAUUUGGGAGAAGAUCAAGGACAUCGUCAUCAAAACCAUCAUCGCGUCAGAACCGUACGUCAACUCCCUGCUCAAGAUGCACGUGCGGACGCCGUACAGCUGUCACGAGCUGUUCGGCUUUGAUAUCAUGCUGGACGAGAACCUCAAACCCUGGAUCCUGGAGGUCAACAUUUCACCCAGCCUCCAUUCCAACACGGCGCUGGAUGUCGCCGUGAAGGGCCAGAUGGUCCGAGACCUUCUGAACCUGGCGGGUUUCCGUAUCCCUCAACGAGAGGACGUUCCCAGCGGCAGCACGUCCAGCUCCAGCAGCAGUCUGUGUGGUGGGAGCAGGGAGACCACCCACCCGGAGGUCUCUGUUGACGAGAAGGUCAAGCGGGCUUUUUACCUCAAACAGCACUUUGCUGACCAGGACUUCCUGGCGACAGUGUUGGACGUCAUGACCCCCAGCGACGUCCGCGUACUCGCCGAGACGGAGGACGAGUUCAACCGCCGCGGGGAGUUUGAACGCAUUUUCCCCUCGCCGUCGACAUCUCGCUACCUGCGCUUCUUCGAGUGUCCGCGCUACCUCAACAUGGUGCUGGACCAGUGGGAACGGAAGUACUGGAAGAACAGGAGUAAAGGUGUCAAUCUGCUCAGGACUUGGUGUCAGAAAGGAGUUCAUUUGGGUACCAGCGAUCCUGCUCACACGUGGUCCAAGUGUAGCUACAUCUCCAAGCUGGACCACCACAGAGAAGAACCCGUCAAUCCGCCCAGACCCAGGGUGGUGGUCAUCCAUCAGCACCAGACGGAUCCUGCCGACACGGACACCUUUGUCCCCAACGCGCCCGCCUCGCAGUCCAGUCCCGGGUCCAGUGUCGGCAGCAGCGCCUGCGCCAGUCCUCAGCCCAGCCUGUGAGGCGUCCACACCCACCACACCCGCACCGAAUGGGAGGGGUUCAUACACUGAACAGGACCGCACUGUUGUAUUCUAGCAAGUAUGGCAUGUGUGUACUUUGGUGGUCCUAACGUGGGUCUUCCAGGAGUCAAAUCCACCUUUUGAGCUACACACGCCAUUCAUUCCUGUCAUCCUUGACCGACACCAGACAGACCAAACACCGGGUCCUUUUCCGUCUCUCAGGUCCUCAGGUACCGCCUCAAGUCCACCUCAUUCAUUGUUCCUUCCGUUACUAGAGGGGGACCCCUAGAGGGGGACCCCUAGAGGGGGACCCCUAGAGGGGGCGUAGCAUUCCGACACUACCGGAAGCCGUCGUCAUCCUGGUCAAACGUAUCAAAUAUCAGGCUGUCAAAAAUAGAGCGUUAUUGGCAAUAACUCCUUUAUUUGACUAUUUUCCCUACGUUUUUUAACAUCUUUAACGCAUCAUGGCAAGCCACGCCUCCCCGUUAAGUCUCACGCUCGUUAGUAAUUUAUCCCGACUGGAACACAAGACCAGCAUCGUCUACUGUGCGUAUCUCCAACUCCCAAACGCAUCUCCAGUCCGUUCAGCCUCAGGGUGGGACUUCCUCAUGGUCGCUACCGCAAGAUGCAUUCAGGGACAAUCCGAACAUCACAACAGCCUCUUUGCUAUGUGAUUACACAAAAAUGUGAUGACACAUAUUUAAUCAUAUGACAUCCCUAAUAAAAUAAGCUGUCCAAUGAUUUUAAAAAAUUAUAUUUAUUUAUAUAAAUAUUUAAAAAUAAUUUUAUAUAAUAAUUAUUUAUAUAAAAUUUAUUUAUAUAAAUUUAUAUUUAUUUAAAUAAAAUGAAUGACAAAAUACAAUAACAAUAUCAGUUUCAGACAUGUUGAUAUUUUAUUAAGGCUGUCAUAUGGUUUGAUAGCUCAGAUUAAUCACAGUUUUCAAACAAAUUAAUCAUGACUAAUACAUUUUUAAUCAUGACAGCCCUAAAAGUAAAAAUUAAGACUGUCAAAUGAAAAGAAAAUUGAGCUAAAAAACUGAAACUCCAUUUGCCUAACGCUAGUCUAAUAGUAGCAGAAUCACACUUUAUGGGCCAUGAAGGGUUGCGUUCAAAGACACCACGUAACUUGAGUUGAAUUGACAUGUUUGCAAUGUAGGCGGGGUUUUGUUAUGUUUCCGUUUACGCCUCCACGCAUGAUAAAGAGGUGUCGGUGAAUUCAUGUCGCGGUCCUCUCGUGCCUUCGGAUUGGAUGGCUAGAACUAUUCCGGCUACCUCUGCUGUUGAAGUGGAUCCAAUCACAACCGAGACCAAACCACCCAUGCGGAUUAUUUAUAUGAAGCCUUUAAAGGUCCACUUCCAAUGCCGUCUUUGCACGCCACGCUCUCCAGAGACAUUUAAAAAAAAAAAUGGUGUGAAUAUCUUCCUAGCAUAACGGGUGUCAUAUUAAAAGAGCUUGUCUUUCUGUUACUAAGUAGACAACAGCUAAAAUGUCGCUCAGGAUGACACUUGGAAAAGAAAUAAAAGCUCCUCUCCCAACCAAUCAAUGUUUAUUUGUAUUGAUUGAUUUAGUAUUUGCACAAGAAGAGCCAGUGGCAUGCAGAGGGAGCAACAGGAUGUGCUUGGAAACUAUUAAUAUCUGACAGGCAGCCCAUGUAUUAAUAGUACCGUACUAUAAAGCGGCUGGAGCCCCCCAACACCAAUCCCUGCCUACUGCGUACUGUACGCGCUGUUUACCUCCUGCACGGCCAUGUUUUCUUUGUUUCACUAACAUUUUCUUCACACGCUGUGGAGGAUGUAGUGCAGGGGUGGGCAAACUUUUUGACUCAUGGGCCGCAUUGAGUUAACAAAAUUGUGCGGGGGGCCAGAACAUAUAUUUAACACACAUGAUUUUACGCUUAUAAUUUUAAUAAUUUUAAUGAUUUUUAAUAUUUUUAAAAUAAUUUUUAAUAAUUUGUUAUAAUUUUUAAUAAUUUGUUAUAAUUUUUAAUAUUUUUUAAUAUUUUGUACAUAUUUUUUAAUAAUUUUAAUAAUUUUACGCCUUGAAUUAUUUGUCUAAUUUUAAUUGUCAUACUAUCAGCUAUAUGUUCUUGUUUCCUUUUUUUCAGGAGCACUUUAAACAUCAGACCACAUCAAACUACGAUUUAUUUUUAUUUUUUUUACUGAAUAAGACAUCCGACUUGAAAGUCAUGUUGCCAGCUGGUAUGUUAAAAGUUGAAAUACUUAAAAGCAACUGGCGGGCCGGAUUCAAACGUUUGGUGGGCCGCAUGUGGCCCCCGGGCCGUAGUUUGCCCACCCCUGAUGUAGUGGAUUCUACAUCUUACUACAUCUUACUACAAACUGACUGACUUGUCCACUCCGUCACCUUCAUCUUUCUCAGCAAGACACUUGAAGUGUCUCAUUACGUGUUAGAACUCAUUUUUUUCAAAAUGAGCCGCAGCUCCUCAGCGUUGGCAGCACUCAUGGAGCCCCAGACUCAUGAUAUCACUACCACCAGUAAAUGAAAUCUUUUCAGAAUGUCACAGUACGUGUAGGUAUUCUUUUUUAUUUGGUUUAUGAGCCGCCGCUCCACAAUUCCAGCAGCACUCGUGCAGCCCCAGAC